AUGGCGGCAAUUACUCUAUCCCGCAAGGCGCUAAGCGGAGUCUUCUCGCGGUCCCUCGCAGCCGUCCCAGCAACUGCCUCCUUGGCUCUGCACACGUCAUCACUGGUCGCUGACGCAAGCAUCCUUCGCAACGACACGUCACCACCAUCGCCAUCCACGUCACCCUCGUCGCCUCCACCAUGCCCCGCCCAAACCCCCCCUCACGCAUCACACCAAACCCAUCCCCGAACCUCCUUCCAAGCCGCAUCCACAGGCUCGUCAUCCCCUCCGCCAUCCUUGCUAUUUCAUCACCAUCAGCAGCCGCUGCUGCAAUGUCUUACCAGAGGAGGAAGAGGAGGAGAAGGGAGGAUUGAAGCGGCUCCUAUAGCUUUUACUGGCGCAUUUGGAUCAAGCGGUGCUAGGGGGUACAGCUCGGUGGAUAUCCAUGGCACGACGGUCCUUUGUGUGCGGAAAGGGAGCUCAGUGGUUAUUGCAGCAGACGGGCAGGUCACCAUGGGAGCACAGAUCUUAAAGCCCAACGUGCGCAAGGUGCGACGACUGGGGGAGAAGAAAUCGGUCAUUGCGGGCUUUGCAGGCACCACAGCAGAUGCAUUCACUCUCUUCGACCGCUUUGAGUCUCGGAUUGACGAAUAUCCAGGCCAGCUGACGCGAGCGGCAGUAGAGCUAGCAAAGGCAUGGCGAACGGAUAAGUACCUGAGGAAGCUGGAUGCCAUGCUAGUAGUGGCAGAUGCCAAGGUGUCUCUCACAAUAACCGGCAAUGGUGAUGUGUUGGAGCCACAUGAUGGGAUUAUCGGCAUCGGUUCUGGAGGGCCCUAUGCGUUGGCGGCAGCACGGGCAUUGGCCGACAUCCCUGACUUGACGGCUGAAGCCAUAGUGAAAAAGGCGAUGCGCAUCGCAGCAGACUGUUGCAUCUACACCAAUGAGAAUGUAACCAUGGAGCAAAUCACCAUGGAAGAUGAGCCAGCUGCCUCAUAG